AUUAUAUAAUAGAAUAUAUAUAAAAAUUCAUUAAGGAUAACAUAAACUUUAGCCACUCUGUUUUUUAACGUGAGAGCUCCGUUGCUAUAAAAUUAUUUCAAAAAUAAUAGUAUAGAUUGAAAUUAGCGUUGACUUCUAAAGACUAGGCAUAAAUUUCAAAUUUUUGAUUAGUUAAGGUAUGUUUUGGCAAGCAAUAAGAGUUGGGGUAUGUAUUUUUUUAUCAACCCAUAGUUCAGGCAUGAAUUUUAAAUUUUUGAUUAGUGUAGGUAUGUUUCGACUUGCAGUAAAAGUUGAGGUAUGUAUUCUCUCAGCAACCCCUAGUUCGGGCAUGAAUAAGCCGUUUUCCCCACCACAGCUCCCAAAGCUUGUCUUCUAGUCGUUUAGACUUUAUCCCAACACUCUUCUCCUUCCCUCUUCCUCUGAUCUGCUCUGCUCUGCUCCAGUUCUCUGUCUAGAGAGAGAAAGUGUUAGUUUUGUCUUAUUUAUGUGUCAAGAAUCACUUCCUCUGUCUAUAAAAGCUCGAGACCCAUCACUUCCUCUUCGCUAACUCUUUAACCAGUCUUAAACUGCAAUCUACCAUCUCCAAGAUUCGAUCUUUUUUGGUUGUGUAAAGACUCUGUUUUUCUUUUUUCGGAAUCUGAUUAAAAAGAAAAAGAAAAAAGAAAGUUUUAUUUCGUGAAAGGAGAAGAAGAAAUGCAGGAUCCAGCAGCUUAUUACCAGUCGAUGAUGGCGAAACAACAACAACAACAACCGCAGUUUCCGGUUCAAGAACAGCUAAACUGUCCUCGCUGUGACUCACCAAACACGAAAUUCUGUUACUACAACAACUACAACCUAUCACAGCCACGUCACUUUUGCAAAAGCUGCCGUCGUUACUGGACCAAAGGCGGGGCUCUCCGUAACGUCCCCGUCGGCGGUGGUACUCGCAAGAACGCAAAACGAUCGACCUCAUCCCCUACUUCUCCUUCCAACAACAAGAAGACCAAGAACACCGAUCCGGAUCCUAAUUCACAAACCGGGAACAAACCGGAUACGGAUCCGACCCGGAUGUUGUACGGGUUUCCGAUCGGAGACCAAGACGUGAAAGGUAUGGAGAUGGGUGGUGGUGGUGGGAGUUUCAGCUCGCUUUUGGCGUCGAAUAUGCAGCUGGGUCUAGGCGGGAUCAUUCUCGACGGGUCGGGUUGGGAUCCGGGUAUGGGUUUGAGGAGGAGCGAAGCGGGUAAUGGAGGAGGAGGAGGUGGUGGUGGUGGUAACCCGUGGACUGAUCUGGCUUUGAACAGAGUGGAGAAAAACUGAAGAAGAAAGUAGAGGGUAUGUUGGUAAAUUAUUGUGAUGCUGUAAAACUGAUUUUAUGUGCCACGUAGACAAUGAACAGGUUUGAUGAAAAUGACAUGUUAUGUCAUUUUGGUUAAUAACUCUUUUUUUUACUAGUGUUUUUUUUUUUGCAACUGAACUUUAUUUACUAGUUCUUACUUCCUUUUGUUCUUUAGGUUUCUUAAAAUACUAAUCUUGUGUGUAUUAUAAGGAGAUUUUCAGUUUCAUUUUCUUA